AUGCAACAAAUUGCCCAAAACCAUGCAAGGCAAGAAAAUGUGAUUCAAGCACAAGAAAACGCGAUUCAAGCACAAGACGAACGAAUUGAUAGACUGGAGGCCUUGCUACGGAGCACGAUAAAGCCUAGCGAACCUACCCCUACUCUCCAGCGAAUCACGAGUGAAACGAUAGAACCUACGAAAAGGUCCGAUCAACAAACUAGACUUGGAGGUUACCUUCCGAGGGCUCGCCUCCCCGACCCCGCACUGUUUGCUGGUAUCACUACUGAAUGGUCUGCCUGGCGAAUUACAAUGGAGAAUAAGCUAAGCGUGGACGGUCUUGCUAUCGGUAACGAUCAGGACCAAUUCGCGUAUGUUUUCUCUCGCUUAGAGAAACUCGCGUGGAAGAACACCGGAACGUACGUGAAACUACGGCGAAACGACGGCACUGCGAAAGAGCUCUUAGACCACUUAGAGCAGAUAUACGGAGACCCGAACUCGCAAGCUAGAGCAGCGAGGCGCCUUCACCAGAUACGGCAACGUGAAGACCAACCGUUCUCUAAGUUCCUUCCUCAAUUAGAAAAGGAAUUCGCAGACGCUGGCGCGCUCGAAUGGCACGAUGAAGCGAAGCGACAAAUCCUGCUAGGAUCCUUGAAUCGAACCAUGACCGAUUCACUAAUGAAUCGCGGUAUACCCGCCACUUUUAUAGGACUGAUCUCCCGCCUACACGAGAUCAGUACCGAUAGGGACGCCCUCGAUAUCAACCGACCCCAGAGAGGUAGAUAUAGUAGCGCAACGACAUACGAUCCUAUGGAUUGGACGCCCACUCGGACUACUACCCGGGAAAACGAGCAAAAUGGGUCCCUCCGGACGAACUUGAAUGCCGGCGGAGAGAAGGUCGAUGUUUCCGUUGCGGAAGGGACGGAUGUAGUAUCCGUCAAUGCCCCCUAUUACCUGCGAAGCCACCACAACAAGCACUUCAACGCCCUCGUAUCACCACAGCGGCGGUAG